GUGUAAUUUCCCGCUAUUAUGCAAUGGCACUUCAACCGAACCAAGAAUUAAAGCUUGAUUUGUCCCAGGAGCAGGGGUUCCUGGCCUACUACAGAACUUUGCCAGAGAAAUCGGGCACCACAAUCAGAUUCUUUGACAGAUCUGACUAUUACACUGUCCAUGGGCAAGAUGCUUUGUUUGUUGCUAAGGAUGUUUUCAAGACAAACACUGUUGUCAAGUACCUGGGCUCAGGGGAGAAGAAAGUGGAGUCAGUGUGCCUCAGCAAGAUGAACUUUGAGGCCCUUGUGCGUGACCUACUGUUGGUGAGACAGUAUCGAGUAGAAGUGUACAAGAACAAGGGAGGAGCCAAGAACAACGAGUGGAGUCUUGGAUACAAGGCCUCCCCGGGCAAUCUGACCCAGUUUGAGGACAUCUUGUUUGGCAGUUCUGACAUGUCAAACUCUGUCGGAGUGGUAGCGGUGAAACUGUCCUCUGAUAACGGACAGCGGGUUAUAGGGGUGGGGUAUGCUGAUGCCACACUGAGAAAGUUCCAAGUCUCUGAAUUCACAGACAACGAUCAGUUCUCAAAUCUUGAGGCGCUGUUAGUGCAGCUGGGACCCAAGGAAUGCCUGGUGGCCAUGGGCGACACAGCCAGUGAGGCGGGCAAACUGAAACAGGUCCUGGAGAGAAGUGGUGUCAUGGUUACAGAGAGGAAGAAAAGUGAGUUUACAAACAAGGACAGCGUCCAGGACCUGAACAGGCUGCUCAAGAUGAAGAAAGGGGAGCAAGGCAAUGCAGCAGCUCUCGCUGAAUUAGAAAAACAGCACGCAAUGUCUUCCCUGUCGGCAGUCAUCAAGUAUCUGGAGCUACUGUCAGAUGAAAGCAACUUUGGCCAGUACUCACUGUCCACGUUUGACCUUGGUCAGUACAUGAGACUGGACACAGCGGCUGUGCGGGCAUUGAAUCUCCUGCCCAGUGCCCUGGAAGGUGGCAAUAAGAACCAGUCUGUUUUGGGUCUACUGAAUCGAUGUCGUACUGCGCAGGGUCAGAGGUUACUAGGUCACUGGGUCAAACAGCCUCUAGUGGACGUCAACAAAAUAGGUGAGCGACUGAACAUCGUUGAGGCCCUGGUGGAGGACACAGACCUGAGACAGAUGCUGUACGAGGACCAGCUGAGGAAGAUACCAGACUUCCAGAGGCUGGCAAAGAAGUUCCAGAGGAAAAGGGCAAACCUCCAGGAUGUGUACCGUGUGUACCAGGCCAUUGACAAGAUGCCGUUCCUGUUGGAGACCCUGGAGAAGACAGACCACGCACACCGAGGCCUGCUCAUGGACAUCUUCUCAAACCCACUCAAGGAGUUACUGAUGGAGAGUUACUGCUGGACUUCGCCACCCAGUUUCAGGAGUUACUGCUGUACUUUGCCAUCAUUUUAA